GCGUAUCUGUUUUCCCCCGAGUCCCCAGAGACACACACACACACACACACACAGGUUCAUCAUGGCGGGAAUCGCGUCCACUUUGGCCAAGAAGCGAGCGCGUGCCGCGGGGUUCGGCACCAACGCGAACGCGAACCCGUACCUGAACCAGAACUACGAGGCGCUCCGGAGCCAGUGUAAGAGCCAGGGCCAGAUGUUCUGUGAUCCUUAUUUCCCAGCUGCGCCGGAGUCUCUGGGCUUUUCGGAGCUCGGACCGAAUUCCUCCAAGACCAGGGGAGUGCAGUGGAAAAGACCCGGAGAUCUGUGCUCCAAUCCAAAGUUUAUCACUGGAGGAGCUACACGGACUGAUAUCUGUCAGGGAGCUCUGGGUGACUGUUGGCUCUUGGCGGCCAUCGCAUCUCUCACGUUGAAUGAAGAUGUGAUGGCCAGGGUGGUCCCUAGCGGCCAGGAUUUUGGUGCUGGCUAUGCUGGAAUCUUCCACUUUCAGUUCUGGCAGUUUGGUGAGUGGGUGGAUGUUGUCAUUGACGAUCGGCUUCCUGUGAAGGACGGAAAGCUGCUGUUUGUCCACUCGGAAGAUUGCACAGAGUUUUGGAGCGCCCUGUUGGAAAAGGCCUACGCUAAGGUGAACGGCUCGUACGAGGCUCUGUCCGGAGGCUCCACCACUGAAGGCUUCGAGGAUUUCACCGGUGGAAUUGCUGAGCAGUACGAGCUAAGAAGUGCGCCGCCGAACAUGUUCCAGAUCAUCCAGAGAGCACUCGCGGCUGGAUCACUGCUCGGCUGCUCGAUAGACAUCACAAGCGCUGCUGAUUCCGAGGCCAUCACACGGCAGAAAUUGGUGAAGGGACACGCCUACUCGCUGACUGGGGCUUUCGAGGUCAAUUACCGUGGUACUCGGGAGAAGCUGGUGCGCAUGAGGAACCCGUGGGGUCAGGUGGAGUGGACCGGAGCCUGGAGUGAUGGCUCAUCUGAGUGGAACUCUGUAGAUCCUUCGGAGCGGCCGAACGCCAGUGCUGAAGACGGAGAGUUUUGCAUGGCGUUUUCCGAGUUCCAGAGGCAGUACUCACGGGUCGAGAUCUGCACCCUGACCCCAGAUGCCAUCAGUAGCGACCAGGUCAAGCCAUGGGCUGUGACCAACUUUAACGGGACCUGGAGGAGGGGCUCCACAGCCGGAGGGUGCAGGAAUAAUGCUCAAACGUUCUGGAUGAACCCUCAGUUCGUUAUCAAGUUGAACGAAGAGGAUGAUGACCCGAGUGACAACGAGGUGGCCUGCAGCAUUGUGGUGGGUCUGAUCCAGAAGAACCGGCGCCGUUUAAGGAAAGAGGGACAGGACAUGCACACUAUCGGCUACGCCAUCUACGAGGUGCCUCCACAGUUCCAAGGCCAGACCAACCUGCACCUGGACAGGACCUUUUUCCUGACACACGCGCAGAAAGCUCGCUCUGAGACCUUCAUCAACCUGCGCGAGGUCAGCACGCGGUUCAGGCUGCCUCCUGGCGAAUACCUCGUCGUCCCCUCAACCUUUGAGCCCAACAAGGACGGUGACUUCUGCCUGCGUGUCUUCUCUGAGAAGCAGCAGGAAACACAGCGGUGCGAUGAUCCUGUCGACGCUAAAUUAGUAGAUGAAACCGUGCAUGACGGUGAAGUAGAUGCAAACUUCAGGGCUAUGUUCAUGAAACUGGCAGGAAGUGAUCAGCUGAUUUCUGCGGCAGAACUCAAAACCAUAAUGAACAGAAUCAUUGCAAAACGAACUGACAUUAAGACUGACGGCUUCACCAUAGACACAUGUCGCACCUUGGUCCAUCUCGUGGAUGACAGCGGCGAUGGGAAGCUUGGGCUGGGCGAAUUCGCCACAUUGUGGAAGAAAGUGCAGAAAUACCUGCAAAUCUAUAAGGAAAAUGAUCUGGACAGUUCCGGGAAUAUAAGCACAACAGAGUUUCGUAUAGCACUGACGAAAGCUGGAUUCACUCUGAAUGACGCAAUCUUCCAGAUUCUAGUAGCCCGCUACGCCGAUCCUGACCUCACCAUUGACUUUGAUGACUUUGUCGCAUGCCUAAUGAAAUUGGAGCUGAUGUUCCGAAUGUUCCGGAAGAUGGAUCCACACAACACUGGUUUCUUAGAGGUGGACUUUCAAAUGUGGCUGUGUCUAACCAUGAUCUAAACGGGUCCAGCCUGAGGGCAGCAGACAAGCUAAGAGUCUAAAUACUAAAAAUUCUCUACUGCUUAAACACGACUCUUAAGGCAGGCCUUAUGCAUAAGCACUCAGAAACUUUUUUUUUUUUUUUUUUUUUUUGGUGUGUGUCUUUAGUUGAUUUAGUUACAAAGUUAAAAUGUUCUGGGAUUUUUAAUUAUGCAUAAAUCCUAAAUGUAUGCAAAUAAAAUAUUUCUGUUUAAGCCAGUGGUUCUCAACACUGAGAAUGUCCACUGGGGACUUGCACGUUUUAGUGUUUUCCCAGCUCUAUCACACCCACUUGAAUUUAGAAAAGGCUGUUAUUUAGCUGAUUAGUUAAAUCAGGUGUGCUGGGAGAUGAGAAAAACACAAAGGGCCAUCCAGGGGGUCAUCCACACGGGUCCCGGACCAGGGUUGAGAUCUACUUGUUUGAGCAAUAUAUGCUAUAGACUAUAUAUUUUAAAAAAAUAUGUUAUUUUGUUCACAUUUUGGAUGCUUUGUUGUUAGACGUUUACCAAAGGUUGAAUUUCAGGAUGAAAACUGAGCCAUUACACUAGAAAUGUUUGCGUUGUCUUGAAACAGAUAAAGACUAAUGUGCAGUAUAUUACAUUUUACCUUACAUGAUAUUUGAUGAUAUGAUGGUGUUGGAUAAAUCAGAUUCUGGCCCUAUUUUUUUAUUUGGGUGAAGGAUUGAGUAAUGGGGUGAUAAAAAAUAGGUCUGAUUAUGCUAUAAAAACACUAGUCUACUCUCAAAUCUAUUAAAUGUUUAAGAUUAAAAAUAUUAUUACAUUGGAACCUUGGAUUGCGAGUAGCUUGGUCUGCAACUGUUUCUCAAACACGCAAAAAAUGUAACUCAGUAAACGAGCAAGGUGUUAAAAUACAAGCAGUAUUGUGGGUAAUUGUCCGCCAUGCUUAGUCUACUAAGUGUACUGUUUACUUUUAAACUUAAAAAGGACGUAUUUGUGAAAUAUAUUUAAUAAAUAUAUCCCACACUGUGACCACGUGUGUGCUCGUAAAAAUUUUUUCUUUUGUGUUUGUAUGUGUGGCGCAUGCUUGUGUAAGUGAGAGUGUCUGUCGGUAGUGUGUGUGUGGUGUGUGUGUGUGUGUGUGCGCGCGUGCGUUUGUGUGUGUGUGCGGGUGUGUGUGUUAGUAAGUCGUCUUUCUUGCCCCCACCUCCCCCCCGCCCCCUCUCUCUCUGGUCUCAAUCGCUACAGCCACGAUUCUGUUUAAAAGUAAACUGCAGGUUAAUUUGUUUAAUUUUUACUUAAAUAAAUUUUAUAUUAAUUAUUUCUAUAUAAAUAUUUUGGUUUGUGGAAUGAUUUAUCUGAGUUUUUAUUAUUUUUUAUGGGGAAAUUUGCUUUGUUAUAUGAGUGCUCACAUAUACAAGCACGCUUACGAAAUGCUCGCAAACCAAGGUUUAACUGUAUAGGAUAUAUUUCACAAAUACGUCCUUUUUUUAAAGUUUUAAAGUACCCCUUAAGGUUUUAAUUAAAAUAUAGAAGACUAUAAGAAUAUAGCGUCAUUUUAUGCUAUUUGUUCUGACAUUUUGCCUACCAGAAUUUCUUACCAGUAACAAGUGUGUAGUUAUACUGUAUCAGUCUGCUCUACUUUCUCAAUAUCUUAUACUUAUUCUUUCAAUUGGUCGUAGCACUGUAAAAAAUAUAAAGUAUAGAUUUUACGUCCUGAUAUACUGGUAGCACGUUUUAAACUUGAGCUCAGAAGUUGCUGGGAGUAGUAGUAGUAGCAAGGAUUUAUGGGCGGGGCGCUAUAGCUGUAUGCCGUGUAUGCACAUGCGUGGGUAGGAAGGACUGAUGGGUAGGAUGAAUUUAUAGACACAAUGGCAUAAACCUAUCACAGAUUUUUAUAUUAAAAUAUAAAUUGAUUAGACAGUAACUGGGAAAGUAUAGCUACAAAGAUGACGUGUUUGUACUGUAUGAAUUUAUAUUUGUUGCAUUGUUUUGUUUCUAACAUACAGUAUGGAGGGGGGUGGAGUUUUCCUUCUGUUCAGUUAGCCUAUCAAUGUAUGUUCAUUCUGUGAAGGGAAAGAUGUAGGUUUGUUACUUUCAGGUAUUUUUUUCCACAAAAAAAAGCCUUCACCUUCAGGGAUACUUUAAUAAAAAAAAAAAUGCUGCAUGAUUUUAUUUUUAUUUUUUAUGUUUUGGUGGGAAGAUUGUUUUCAAGUUGCGGUGUGGUGUUUGUAACUAUCCGUUUCACGAUGUACUGACAAAUCAAUGUAUUUUGCAAUUUUCCACAUCAUUAAACAUAUUUAAAGGGUA